UACGCGCGCCGCACACUCUCCUCCGCCGGAGAGAGAAAGCGGCAGCAGGAGGCAUGGCGAGGGAAAUUUGACAAGCCAAAGCGGCACCCAGAGGGGUGGGGUGAGGGAUGGCGAGCGGCCGCUCUGCCUAAGCGGACAAAAGAGCCGGGGAUGGCGAGGAGCAGGGGGCGUGCACGUGGGGACCAGAGGCGCUUCCUGCAUCUCCCUUUUGUUGUAGCAGGCAGGAGGUGAGCGCAAAGCGAAGAGGAGAGGCUGGGUGCCGAAGAGGGAGGAUCUCUCUCUCCAUCCUUCUGGAGAGGAUGGCAUGGACUGGAGGAGCACCGCACAAUUAUUCCACCGGCCUCCCAGCACUGGGUCCAUCAGGGGUCCCCCAAGUGUCUCAGGAGACAUUGCCAUCUGCCACCAGCUGAGGUAAAAAGGAAAUGACUAAGCCAAGGCUACCCAGAACAUCCAAGAGUGAGAUGGGAUUUGAACUCAGGGCAUCCAGGAUCAAAGCCAACAUCCUAUGUAUUGUACUACACUGCCUCUCGUAUUGAGCCCAACCAUGGCUGGAGAUUCUAGAAUCUUCAUGAGCCAGGACAUGGAAAUUGGUGUCACUCCAAGAGAGUCCAAGAAGAUUCCCAAACAAGCCCGGGAUGAUAUCCCAAUUGCCACCGAUCGAACACGUCUGCUGGCAGCAGAAAUCAAGAAGCCACGCCAACGCUACAUGGAAAAGAGUGGCAAGUGUAAUGUGCACCACGGAAAUGUCCAGGAAACUUACCGAUAUCUCAGUGACCUUUUUACUACUUUGGUGGACCUCAAAUGGCGCUUUAACCUUCUUGUCUUCACCAUGGUCUACACUAUCACUUGGUUGUUUUUUGGGUUCAUUUGGUGGCUCAUUGCCUACAUCCGAGGAGACCUAGACCAUGCAGAAGAUGAAGACUGGAUCCCUUGCGUGGACAAUCUCAGUGGAUUUGUCUCAGCAUUUCUGUUUUCCAUUGAGACAGAGACCACCAUUGGUUAUGGCCACAGGGUCAUCACUGAAAAAUGCCCUGAGGGUAUCAUCUUGCUUUUGGUUCAGGCUAUCCUGGGCUCCAUUGUCAAUGCAUUCAUGGUGGGAUGCAUGUUUGUGAAGAUCAGCCAACCAAAGAAGAGGGCAGAGACCCUCAUGUUUUCCAACAAUGCUGUGAUUUCUAUAAGGGAUGAGAAGUUGUGUCUCAUGUUCCGGGUCGGAGACUUGAGGAAUUCCCACAUAGUCGAGGCUUCCAUUAGGGCGAAACUGAUAAAAUCCAAACAGACCAAAGAAGGGGAAUUCAUCCCCUUGAACCAGACGGACAUUAAUGUGGGGUUUGACACUGGGGAUGACAGGCUGUUUUUGGUGUCGCCGCUUAUCAUCUCUCAUGAAAUCAAUGAGAAGAGCCCUUUUUGGGAGAUGUCCCGUGCUCAGCUGGAGAAAGAGGAGUUUGAAAUCGUGGUCAUUUUGGAAGGGAUGGUGGAAGCCACCGGAAUGACCUGCCAGGCACGAAGCUCCUACAUGGACACAGAAGUCCUCUGGGGACACCGCUUCACCCCUGUGCUUACCUUGGAGAAGGAUUUCUACGAGGUGGACUACAACAGCUUCCACAACACAUACGAAACCAACACACCUGCAUGCUGUGCCAAAGAACUGGCCGAAUCUUUCAAAGAGGGGCGUCUCCUCAACCACUUAUCCAGUGCCAACCUUUUGGGUGGUGGGGAAUUGGAGAAAGGAAAAGAGGGAGAGAGAGAAGAUCAGGAAGAGGAGAACCUCAACGAGAAGGAGGAGAACAGAUCUGAAGAGCAGCCGGUCACUGAGCUGAAUGGAGCGAAUGGGUUGGCGGGAGAGGUGAAGGACACCAUGACUGUAUAACACAAAAAGACUUGCUGAACUAUAGACUUGCCACAGUCGGAAGCGGCAUGAGGGUCAGAGUGGCGAGCUUGGGGAACUUCAGAAUAGAGGACAAUGUUUUUGUUCCCAGUUGUAUUCCCAACUCAGAUGGGCUUCUCCAUAUUGUUGGGCCUUUCCCCUUCCAGUCUGCAAAAAUGCUACAGGAACGUACUCACCAUUUUGAGAUCCAUGGGAAAUUAAAACAAAAAGUACUAGAUAAGCUGUGUUAUAAUAAUAAUAAUUAAUAAUAAUAAUAAUGAAGAAUAAUAAUAAUAAGUAUUGACAUGUCACGGUUUCUAUGAAUGCCUCUCUUCAGGGUGUAUGUUUUUAAAACUCCCUGCUCAGUCAAAGGAAUGUAGCUGCAAAGCUUUUCCAUCCUUAACUCAGUGCAAUGUAGACAUUAACUACUGAAUAAACAGAGAGAAAGGGAAAGGUUGGGGAAUCUUCUGAAUUCAGCCAAGAGUUUUCUCACACAUCUUGUGUGGAAGUAUGUCAGUGGCAUUUUGCCUUCGGAAUCUUUUCCACUGGGACGAAUCUCGAUAGGCCACAAUAUCACUGCAAUAUAUCCUUAGAAUCAAUCAUGCUGUUUGAGAUAAAAGCCGCUGCUACAGAUCCCCUCUUGUUUUAUGACUUCUGUAAUGGCAGUCAAUAAUAUUCUGUUCCCAACCCAAUGAAGAAGUUAGUUGUCCCUGAA